CGAGGUGGUGGAGUGACCUAAUUGCGUAAGUUGUGAGUUUCAUCAUGCAGGUCGAGGUGCCGGACGACGCGGUGCCGCAAGUGGAGCAGAGCCCGAUGGCCGCGUCGGCGUACUCCCAAUUAGACGAAGAGUCGCUGGCUAACGACCGCGAAGAGCAGCUGCAUGAAUCGAUCCAGUACCCAUGGUACUGGCGAUGUUUCCACUUUACCGAUAGCACUGCAAUCGUUCUCGACACAGACGGGCCGAAGCCGCGUCGGCCGCGCUCCCAGAUGAACGUCCUUGACCAUCCCGUCGUGGUCAGCUUGAUCCUUCAAUUCCCGUGGAUCGGCCUUUCGCUCCUGUAUUUCUCCGUGUUCGAACUAAUGACGUCGUACUUGACGUCCAUCGGUGUGCAUUACUUUGUCCCGCGAUACAUGCCCGCGUUCCUCACAUUCGCGCUUGCUCCACUUGUUGGCGCCGCUUCCGAUCGGUGCUCGUCGAAAACAGGCCGCCGCAACCGCUUUUUGCUGUUGGCUACGCUCAAGUUGGUAGUGUCCGUCAUGUUGCUGGGAGGAUCGCUGUCGAUCUUUGGCAGCCACUUGUUUUUGCUCACUGUCAACAUUGCCGUCAUCGUGUGGGGCACCGUGUCGAUGGAGGUCGCAGUGCGGGCGCGAAUUUUUGACGAGAUUCCCAAGGAGUACCAGGUUCACGCGCAUGCAUGUGGGUCCAUCUGGCACAGCGUGGGGGUCGCCCUGGGGAUGGUUCUCGUCGGCGGCGGGGCCAAAGUCGUGUACGGCGACCAGAUCACGGAAGAAGUGAUGCUGCUCACAUGCGGGGUCGCGGUUGCCGCUAUCCUUGUCACGGUCGGCGUGUCGUUGUAUCUGAAACCCGAGAAAAUGUUGUACCAAGAGCGCAAGCACUCGGUGUCGUUGGAGCGAUUCGUCACUGAAAUUUGGGACGUCAUUGUCGGCGCCCCCAUGGAGAUCAAGCUCAUGUGUCUGCUGCAGCUCAUUGUGUGGUAUACCGUGUGCAUCAUCUCGUCCCAAUGGCUCAUGGGGGCGGUAGGAUGGCAUGGUUCUCGUUGGACAAUCAAAAGUACAAGUGGUGGGCGGAACGCGUGUUUCGGGGGUGUCCACAGCUUCAAGGCAAUGCCACAACACCCGACGGCGCUGUCAUCGCAGGCUGCGAUGCUACCGGCGUCAAGCUUUACAUGGAAGGUCUGGACAUGGCGCGCCAUGCUGUGCAAGGCUUGGUGGGUUCCCUGCACGAGGUCCUGGACAUUGCUUUUCACAUUUCACGCAGUCGGCCGUCGCGUUCGUUUCGACUCUCACGUACUUUUGGUGGAUUCCGAAAAAUCCGACGGGGGCGCAUCUCAAGCAAGUCAACUUGAUGUUCAUGACAACGGGCGGUGCGAUCCAUCGUGGCGCUCUUCCAUUCACUUGACGGACCUGUGGACAGUGUUCAUGCUGCUGUUGGCCGUCAUCGUCGGGUCUUGGUCCCACCUGAUCUCGUUUGUGGCGUUCGUGAGCCUCGGAGGCUUCUUCACCACCGUGUACAUUUUGCCCUUUGCCAUGACGGGCGUGAUUGCCAAGGACUUUAUGGACGCCACGGACCGCUUCAACAACAACGGGUUGUACGUCGGCCUUCUCAUGCAGUUUUCAUGCUGCGCGAAAUUCGCCGUCGAAAACUACAACACAACUGCGAUUUCGUCGCUUGGUACGACGUCGUUUGAGCCAUCCCGCGUGUUUUCAUGCCUCGCAGGGUCGGACGACGUGUUGGCGCUGCCGCUCCUGCUCUUUGUGGCGUCGACAGUAUUUACGUUCUUUUACAAGUACGAUGUGUAGUCGCGUGGAUAGGAACGACACCGAUCUUUGUUGAGAUGUCGUCGUCCCGCGGCGGAGCGCUAGGCAACGUGCGCUUUGAUCUCUUCCACCGUCGGCACAGGCGUCUGCCCCAUGGGGCAGGCGACCGGGCACGGCGGGGACCCAUUUCGUUGGAAGAGCAUCGUGUUGUGAUGGCCGCCAGGUGGAGUGCGGCAUGUAACUCUCUUGCUGCUGUUUCUUCAUGUGAAAAGUCGCUGAAAAAUCGAGGUUGGCUUGAUGUUGUU